CUUAUUUGCUUCUAUUACAUUGCAUAGUCUAUACAUAAAAUAUUUGUACUCUGUUGUGUUACCCAUAUGUUUUAAUCUACGGUGUUGUAUAUUGGUUUUACGAGGGAAAUCAAAAUUAAUUAUUGGUCUCUGAUCUAGUUUAUUGGUCUCUGGUCUCUGAUCAAACUUAUAAUUCGUAAAUUUUCUAUUAUUUUGAAAAUGGAAACAAUUAAAAUUCAUAAUGCUGUAGAAUUGUGGCAGAGACAAACAAGUUUGCCCUCCAUACAAACUUUUAGUCAAAAUCUCGACCAUGUCAUAGGAAAUAAUGGUUUUAUGUUAAGCUCAUUAACAGAACUGCUGGGAUUACCUGGUUCCGGCAAAACUCAGUUAUGCUUACAACUUUGUGCUUCCGUACAGAUACCCAAAAUUCUUGGUGGUUUAGAUGCAGAAGCUUUAUAUAUUGACACAAACACCAAUUUCACAACUUCCAGGUUUAGAGAAAUACUUAAUGCUACAAUAUUGAGAUGCCAAAGACUUAUAGAAACACCACUUAAUUAUAUUGAAGAGGAUUGUCUUGACAAAUUACACUAUAUAAAUGCAUUUGGUCUAGAAAAGUUCUGUGCAUUUAUGUAUAGAAUGUCGACAUUUAUUGAAGAACAUCCAAAAGUUAAAUUAAUAGUAAUAGAUUCAAUAGCAUUCCCUUUCAAAGAAGGCAUAUCUACAAGAAAGAGAACUGGUCUCUUGUUCAGGCAAAUGGCAGACUUGCAAAGGAUUGCUGUGGAGAAACAAAUUGCUGUGGUCCUAACAAAUGAAAUGAGCACGAGAGUGGGAUUGUCCACUGGUUCGGUGGUGGGAUCUCUCGGAGACUCGUGGUCACACCGCUGUAACAAGCGGCUGUUGUUGUCUGCGCCUGAUAACUCGACGCAUAGACUUGCCUUGUUGCUCAAGAGUAAUGACGCGCCUAACCUUGUUGGGAAGUUUCAGAUAACUCGGGAGGGGAUAAGGGACGUGGAAUAAAACACAACGUGAAACAUACAUAAUAGUGUGAUUUAAUAAUUAUAAUGUAAAUAUGUAUAAUGUAAACAAAAGUACAGCACCAAUAAAUAUCUCAUUUUCACAAAAAUAUCAAGCUUUAAUUUCUAAACAUCUCUUAACAGUUAUACGGUUCAAAGGCAUGUCUAUCGGUCUGCAGUAUAAUGCGUAUGCGUCCCUACGACACUAGGGUCAGUAACGCGUGUUUGAAGUCGCCCUUCGUAUCGUCCUGCAAACCAUUAUUGUACUUUGUAGCGUUCCGCAACAACAUGCUAAGCUUAACCAAAUAUUCAUAUAAAAAUAACAGCUCUAAUGUAUUGCAGGGUUAAGCACAAAGUGUGACUAGCACAUUCCUGAAGUCACCAGUCAGGUCAUCCUGUAAACAACAGCGGAAAACGCGCUCACGCUUCACAUGUUAGCGAACAAAAUAAACUGGCCCAUAGUUCAAACCACUGCGCUCAAACUUCAAACGUGCAUUCUUGGUACUGACUAUACAUGAGAAUGGAAAUCACAAUGAUUAAAUAGCUUAAAUUAAUUAUAUAAUGUCUUUAAAAUGCACAUAAGUGUACUCGGUUACAAUAGAUGCAAUAAAUAGUUUGCUUUACUUGACACUGCGUUGGUGUAAAACGGAAUGGCGCUCGUAAUACUGAGUGUUAAUGUUAUAGCAGUGUAGGCUUUAGUAACACAUUGUUGAUAGGAGUUCGCCGAGCGGACCUCCUAUGUCCUCCUGAAAAACCAACAACUACUUGUAAAACUAAGCAAAACUAAUGAGGAACCGUUACCUCGUGCACGAGCGCGACACAUAAAGCUGUUAGCUACGGAAGAGUUACAUGACCGGGACCGUGCUCACAAGCGAACUAUACAGAUCUCAAAUAAAUUUACAUCUCACGAUAACCUAGCACACCCGACGACCGCGAACGUCUAGACUAGCGUUGUGCUUGUUUUACUUUACGAUCGGCCGUCAAGCCCUAACUGUCUUAAUAAUCUAGCAAAUUGA